AUAGUUCCCUCAUCUCUCAACCAUAUUCCGGAAACUUUUUUCCCUCCCUUUUUCUCAGAUUCGACUGUUUAUUUUUCGCUUCUCGAAUUUACCUGAUUCGGUUUCGAGAUAUUCGGCCCAUACUCACCUGAUUUCCCGUGACUUCUUGUCAGGUGAUAUCGAACAAACACCAAAGAUUACUGAUUCCUUCUAAGCUGAAUCGCUGCAAAGCAGCAGAGAAUAUUCAAAAUUGACGCGACGGUAGACUUUACCGGUCCAAUCACCUCGGUAUGCUAUUUGUUAGGAUAGGUUACUCAUAUGCGAUUUACAGUUCGCUCAUGAAUAAUCCAGUUUGAAACGAGUCUGGACACUAUGUCUGACAAUGGCCUGACCAAUGCCGAUAUUAACGGCAACAACAAACGGAAGCGCGAAGACGAGGAUAGCGCCGGGCCUGACCCUCAGCGCUUGGCGACUUCCCACGGCAAUACCAAUGGCAGUAUUCCUGGCCUGGCCAGUCCUACGGAUACACAAGCCUUUACUCAUUCGGCGCUGGGCCACUAUGACGGCACAUCGUCUGAUCUGAACAUUGACGAACAGCUGCUUACGCAUGUUGCUCAGUCGAACGGCAUGCCGGAUGAUAAUACAUUGACUGCGAAUGCGAAAGCCGCCCUUGCUGCAAAUUCACAGAAUAAAUAUCCAACUGGCCCUGAUGGAGGAUUUGAUGGUCAGAUAACGCAUGGUCUCCCAUUUGCCGACCAACUCACCCACGCUACUGGCGGCCUUACUUCACACGGACCACAUGAGUCAACGGCGGCUGCUGUAUAUGCCGCCCGUGAGGCUCAGAGUAUGACCACGAAGCCUACUGUGGGGUCUCCUGAAUGGCAUGCUCUGCGCAAGAACAAUCACAAAGAAGUUGAACGCCGUCGACGCGAGACCAUCAAUGAAGGCAUAAACCAAAUAGCCCAGCUGGUGCCCAAUUGCGACAAGAACAAGGGAGCCAUCCUACAGCGAGCUAUAGAGUACAUCUCGCAACUCCACGAAGAGAAGAAGCAAAUGAACACGCGCUGGGAACAUACCAAUCUCACCACACAACAAGCCCUUGCCGAAAUCCAGACACAGAAUGCCAAAUGGAAAGCGGAAGCUAACCGACGAGGCGAGGUUGCAAUGAAAUGGAUUCAACGUUGUCGAGAAGCGAAUCUCAAGUUUGACGACUAUGACGACGAAAAGGAUCUGGGUCAGCUGGACACUGACCAUACUCAAAAUGUCUGAUGCUUUUAAGGGCUUGUUUUCUCACGUGAUCAGUCAUGUGAUGCGUUGGCAUUCAACAUUUCUCAGUUCUCUGCUACACUGUUCUGCCGGGUGGUAUUCAUUAUCCUGUGAGACUCCGCGCGACAGUCUAUCUUCCCGUCGCACUGGGAGCGGGCUUCUGUAUGGGCGUUGUGGACCGUCUCAACGGGAAAAGAGAUUUUCUUUCCUGCGGCCCUGAGAUCAGGUCUCAUUCAAUCUAUUCACUUCUUCUAUUUGACUUGUAUCUCCAUGUAUGCUCUUUCUUUCAUUAUCGGGACUGGGAAGGCGAAUCAGGUGCACGGUUAUUUGUCUUCUUUUCCUACUCGGUUUUAUUCAUCAGGAUUAUCUGGCGGUAUUGAUACAACUGAUUGUCGAGGUUGAAGAUUUGUUUGAUGAAGUGGAUGUUUUAUUGUUCGGUUCUUUUCAUGAUAUACUCCGUAUGUUUAUGAUAUCUGCUAAUCUAAGAACUUCUAUAUGACAUGGACCUA